CCAGAGUUACGUACCUUUUAGACAGGUUGAGCUGUGGUGACUGUGAGUGAAUGUACCACACGGCUGUGCUACAAUAUUGUGUUUUGCCUCACAGAUUGAAGCUUUGACAUCAAAGUAUGGCAACUGCAGCACCCUCCAGCGCAAAUGUCCCUAGCCAACCAAGGCCUUGGAAUCCAGAUUCUAAAUUUAAACAUAUAGACAGAGAGAGAUGGAUUUGUGUCUACCCAGCCUAUCUCAACAGUAGAAAAACUCUCAAAGAAGGUCGCAAAGUUCCAAAAGCAAAGGCUAUCGAUAACCCUGUGUGUGCUGAGAUCCGAGAUGUGUGUGCAGCUGCUGGGCUCACUCUUGGCGUAGAGAAUAAAGUGUACCCCCGUGAGAAGGACCCACGAGAUGUCAAGUUCCGAGGUCGUGUGAGAGUGCAGCUCAAGAAUGAGGAUGGCACCCCGGCUCUUUCACAGUUUCCUGAUCGCACGACGUUGUUGUUGUACCUGGCAGACACCAUCCCCAAGUUGAAGACUCGCCAGCAGUCGCAGGCCAGCAGCUCAUCACAGCAGCAGCAGCAGCAGCAACAACAGCAGCAGUCAUCUAAAGGCGGGCAGAAAAAGAAAGGAAGAAAAUAGUUCGAUUAUCGCUGUAUUCAACUUACCUAUUAUGGAGUCUGCUCGAAAAUGUUAGUUCUGUAUGAAUGCUGUGACUGAUUGAGUAGACGGUGCAUUUGGUCCCUUUACAUUGUUUUGUAUUUCCUUGGAUGUGGGUGUUAUAUAAAUGUAAACCUGCAAAAAAAAUGGAGAAAAAAAAAACUCGUGUCUGUUUUGUGAGUUUAUUAUAACGAGACAGACGUGUUCUCUCUUUUAGAUCUUUUCUUUUUAUAUUGUUCUGGAUGAUUAGCUAAAAUAGUUAGCUGGUGGAAAUUUGAGGCCUUAAUACUUACAGUACCACAGGCUUAUCGAGUGAAAAACCCUUAAGUACCUCACCAUUUUAGAAGCCACCAAAACAAUCAGGUUAGAUUGCAGAAAAGUAAAUUGAAACAAAAGUUAUCGACAGAGUAAGAUUGAAUUUUCAAGAUAUAAUAUACUAAGAAAUGAAAUUAGUUUACAAAAAACUAUUCUGUGACAUAAAGACAUCAUUUGGCCUGGUGGCUAUUUUAAAUAUUAAAGAGUUUGUGGCUGAAUACACGAAUGCUAUGGGUUAUUUGAGAUUAGGUGGUAUGAAAUGAUAGGAAAUUGACAGAAUUUUGUACAAACAUGCAAUUUAUAUGUAAAUUUGUCAGUUUGUUUGCACGUAUGUCUGAAUUGUAGCUCAUAGAAUGAAAUAAAGGAUCGUGCAAUGUAAUUACUAUUUUGCUGAUUUUAUUUUCGACACUGCUAUUUUUACAGGGUCUUUGCUUUUCAGUAAGACCAAUAAUGUGGGUAAUAAAGAGUAGUGAAGUCCACUAACCUUGUUGCCACAGGCGACACAUGAAUCUUUACAGUUUUGGCGGGUAUAUCGUCAAUUUUAAGGUUGUUAUUGCUACUUUCACUUGGGCCCCCAAAGCCUUUCGGGCAGGAGCAUAGUCCUGGACUUUGUGGGUAUAAUCGAAAGCCUGGAACAAUACACGAAGGAAUGUUACAUACAUCCUUUGCAGAAAUAAGAGCACAUUUUUACACACUUUGGCUUGUGCUUUGGAUUUUCAAUAAAGUCGCAGACGGUACUAAAAGUGUCAAUUCUCAAACCAACUAAUGGGAUGCAUGAAAAAUAUAUGAGUGAGUAGUCAAAUGAGCAAUAUUUAAGUCAAAGUAUGUUGAGUUUGAAUUUUUCCACAUUUUCUUCUAAAUCAAUAGGUGUUGUAUUCUGUUCUUUCAAGGGAAUGAUAUUGCACUUCAGUUUCUGAAUGAUCUGGUUUAUAUAUGUGAAUGAAAGCUGUUGUGUUUUUAUGUGUUUGAAAUGAUGAUACAUGCAAGUGGAAAGUAAGGAGAAGAUGGGAAAUGUGCGUUUUUGGACAGGGUGAAUGUUUUGUGCAUGUCGUCAGGUGCUAGUGGUAAGUGUCCACUAGUUUGAUCAUACAAUAUAUGUUAUAAAGUGAAAGUGAUGCUCGAAGUAUUAGUGUACUGUUUUUUUCUUCAGGGUUUUUUUGUGGUUGUUUUAUCACACUUUUUGGAACUUGGGUUUAUUUCAUUCAGCAGAAUAUUAUAAUGCAUGUUACUAUUUGUUCUUUUUAAAAUUUAAAAACAUUUCUUAACAUGUGGUUUAAAAAUACAAAAAGUAAUGUUUUUCUUAACCCUAUCCGUACGUUGUGUUUUACUAUCGUAUCACUACGACAUGGGGAACUCUGUGACGCCACUUUCGAAAGAGGAAAUUUACUUGUUAAUCCGAUCCCUGCGCUUUGCAUAGCAGCCUGUCAAAAUGAUUUUUUUUUUAAAUACUGAAAGUUUCAAAGAGAUCUUUGAAUAAGAAAUAUUCUGAAAUGUGAAGAAUACAACCCCGUGAGUACAAAAUAACCCCAGGGCGUACGUAUAGGGUUAAUAUAUGAAUUAUAAUAAAUUCCAUUCAUUUUAUAUUUGGGUGACGGCUGCUCUUUGAUUAGAACACGUCUUUCCUUUCUUGUUAUGACAAUAUGAAUAACUGGUGGAAACAUGACGUGUUUUAUCCUUCAUGACUAGUUCUCUUUUUAAAAAAGUUUUCUUUCACUCGCCGGCUGUUCUGGUGUGCUGAGCCCAAAACUUUAAUGGAGUCCCCCGGCUUUGUCAAUCAAAGAGGAUGAUGUGUGAAAGAGUUCAAAAUGUAUACAUAUUUAUUAAUAUUAAUGAAGGCAGUAUGGCGUGUUCAUUGAAUAAGCUGUAUUGUGAAUGAAUAAAAUAUAUGUGUAAUCUGAAAUUU